AAGCGGAGGGAGGGGACGCGCGACGCGUCACUGUCCGCGACCGCCAGGAGGUAUAAAGGCCUGCUGACGUCAUGAGGGCGCGCCGGAAGUAAGUGACCCGAGUCUCCCCGGGGUCCGGGCGAGAUGUGCGAAGCGGCGGAGGGCGGCUGCUGCGGAGGGCGGCCCGCGAAGGCGCCGCGAGACAGCAACCCUGCGAGCCACCCCCUGAAGUGCAUGAAGUGCAAAGAGGGGCCUCCAGUAUUGAUCAUCCGUGUUGGAGAUGCCUUUUGCAAGGCCUGUUUCAAGGAUUACUUUGUCCACAAGUUCCGUGCCAUCCUUGGGAAGAAUCGCUGCAUUUUCCCCGGAGAAAAGGUCCUGCUUGCAUUUUCGGGUGGACCUGCCUCCAGUUCAAUGGUGCGACAAGUCCAGGAGGGCCUGAGUCAGGAAGCAGCCAAGAAACUCCGCUUCAAGCCAGGCAUCAUUUUUGUUGAUGAAGGAGCUGUGUGCGGCCAGGAUCUAGAGAAGAGAGGAGAGGUCCACAGACAGGUGGAGUUGAUCCUGAGAGCCACGGGGUUUCCCUUCCAUCUGGUGCACUUGGAGGAGGUGUUUGACCUUCCCAGUUCCAUCUUGCACUCCGUUUCCCACGAGGCCACAGACCGCAGCCAGAACUACAAGGAAGCCGUGGAUGGUUUCCUACGGCAACAGCAGCAGCAGAGUGCGAAGGCAGGAGUCUCUCUGCCAGGCCAGCUGGCUGAGCUUGGCAUACGAGAGCCUUCCAGGAAGGAGGCAACUGAGGUCCCAGGGCCGCUGCCUGUCUUGCACACGACAGAACUGACUCGCCUCUUUGGAGCAGUGAAGACACUGACUGCCAAGGAAGAGCUCCUGCAGACGCUCCGGAACCACUUGAUUCUACACGUGGCUCGGACAAACGGCUACACCAAAGUGAUGGUGGGGGACAGCUGUAGCCGCGUGGCUGUCAAGCUGCUGACAAACCUCAGCCUGGGCCGGGGGGCGUUCCUUGCAGGAGACACGGGCUUUUCAGACGGCCGCCAUGGUGAUGUGCUAGUGUUGCGCCCCAUGCGGGAGUACUCUGCCAAAGAGAUCGCCUUCUAUAACCGCCUCUUCAGGGUGCCUGCUGUCUUCACGCCUUCGCUGGAUACCAAAGCCCCUGACCGAGCCAGCAUCCACCGCUUGAUUGAGAGCUUCCUCUAUAAGCUGCAGUCUGAGUUCCCUUCCACCAUCAGCACUGUCUACCGGACGGGGGAGAAACUCGGGACGGCCCCUCAAGAUGCUGCUGCUGGCGGAGAUGCCGAACCCGAGCGCUGCCUCUUAUGCCUUUGCACCCUCGAUACCAAUGUGGUGGACGGCUCUUCCUUGCAGUCCACGCUGCUGUCGGAAGAGCUCUGCCAGAAGCCGCCACCAUCUUCUGAAAGCGUCUGCUGCGGAGGGGGCCCAGCUCAGGCAGGCUGCUGCAGGAAUCUCCCAACGGCAGGGGCUGUUCUACCCCAGUCCCAUCUUCUCCCGCACCUGUGCUACAGCUGCCGGCUGACUAUCAAAGACAUGACCUGCCUGGAGCCGCUCCCGCUGUACAUUCACUCCGAGGCCGACCGUCGGCAGCACAGGGCUGCCAUGAAGCAAGAGAUCCAGGAAUUCCUUCUUGAAGAUGAUGAAGAGCUUCUUGGAAGCUGAUGGCCCACGCCUCACGCACACACACACACCACCAGCUGUGCCGCCAGACUCCUUGGCCUGCUGGGGAAAGAUGGCUUUGGGCUUUUCAAUUCUCUGUGUUUUAAGGACUCUUUUCUAAAACAAAUAAAUUAUUUUAAAUCCUGGA